UGACGUGAAAUCAGGUGGAGAGAAAAUCGCCUUUAGACCGAGGAGCGAUGUCGCGGAGGCUCGGUGGACUUUUCGCUCCUGAAGUAAUCCGUUUUAAAGCGGAAACUGUAUCGAAAACGACAUGAUAAUUUUGUCGUUUAUUGGAUUAGAGCACGCGCGGCAGUCAGUAUAUAAUAUCUGAGGGGUUUGUUUGUUUGUUUGUUUUACCUUUCGUGCUUGACACGACCGAAGAGUGUCUUUGGGGUAGCUAAAUAAAGAUAUUUUGUGGUUUUCGGGUGAAGUGAAUAAAGCAAGCUUUUGGAGGCUCAUUCUGACAGAAUAAAAAGACUGGUGAACAACGCAACAUCUGUUACACGCAUAAACCCCUUCUUCUACCCGGUGUGAAGCACUCACAGGAACAAGCACACAACAACAAGAAGAAGAUGGCUGCGACUACGUGAGGAAAUCGUGCCUUCUGACUUGCUGAUGCUUGAGGAGCCAUGCUGCAGCCUCUUCUCUUAAUUUACUGGUGGAGCCAUGCUGGAGCUUCUCCAGAGUCUUCAUACUCUGCAGUCCAUGAAGGAGAUCACCCAACACCAUACAUACAUUACUGCCGCUCUCCGAACAUGGAAACCUUUACUUGCUGGUGGCAGCCCCUUGACAACAGUCUCCAGGGAGAUGACAUCAUCACCUACAGGCUCAUCUACACCCUUGGUAACAGGCCUCCAGCAGAGUGUCCGGACUACGUAAGCGGCGGACCAAACAGCUGUUACUUCGACUCGGAGCACACAGUGAUUUGGGAGGUGUACUGCAUGAAUGUAACGGCACACAGCAGCAGUGGUUCCUUCACCUCUAAUGUGCACUGUUUGGAUGUAGCUGAAAUUGUCGAGAUCGAUCCACCUUUUAACCUCACGUACACUUUAAUGAACAUGACAAAGGAUGAAGCAGGUCACACCGUCCUGGUGUCCUGGCAGUACCCCAUCGCACAACAUGUCCAAAUUGGGUGGAUUACACUCAUCUAUGAGCUACGUUACAGAGCUGCCUCUGAGCCCAAUAACUGGAAGGUCAAGGAACGGCUACAUGAACCUCAUCUGGAGCUUCUAGGCUUGUCAGGGGGGAGGCAUGAGGUCCAAGUGCGCUGCCGCUCAAAAAACAAUCACCUGUGGAGCAAAUGGAGCUCCUCAAUUACCAUCGUCAUUCCUUCCAGACACCUGUUUGUCCACAGAGACAGCAAACCUGAGAUAGAUCACAUGUUGUAUGCUGUUGUACUACUGACUACCACUGUAGUCAUAAUCUUGCUCAUCAUUGCACUUGGUGCCAUUCCACAAGUCAAGAGGAUAAAAGGUUUUCUCCUGCCACCGAUCCCCAAACCCUGCAUCAGAGGAAUUGAUCCCAUGCUUCUGAAGAAAGGCAUGAUGGAUGAAAUUAAUCAUCACUUUUCCUCCCUGCAAGGCUACAAGGCACAACACUACUGUGGGGAGUCAGGGUACCAGGUCAGCAUGGACGAAGUUGUCUCAUUAUCUCAACUGAGCUCAAUGUCUAGCAUCCAGGAGGAUAAGGAGCCACAAGGCAAACAGACCCCUGCCUGCACUGAAGACCAGCAGCUACUUCACACCCCUGAUAUCCCCAAUCCUGACUGCCAAGACUUCUCAGACUCCAACAAUGAGUCCUCAGAGGUGACAGUGACCCCUGAGGCUGCUUUAUGGGCUUGGCCAGCGAAAAGCUACAUGCAGCCGGAACUGCUCUUACUCCCAGACACGGAGUACAGCAUGACUGUAAACCCUGCCCCUAAAAACACCAGUGCUCCGCCCACCACUCAUGAAUUCUACACCUGUGUGGAUGUAGUAAACACCAGCGAGAUGGUGCAGCUGGUGCCCUGCAUGUCAGAUUCACUCAAAGGCUCACCCUAUUUUGAGCUAACGGAUAAGCCAGAUGAGGAAACAAGGAAACUUAGCCAGUUAGAAGCUCAUUUGGAGAAACGGGUGGAGGUUCAAACCAAUGAAAUUAGGUUUUGCGUGGGAGAGGAGGAGCAGAACGAGUAUGUUGUGCCUUUAUUAUCCCAAACGACAGACAGGAGCUAGGCAUUGUGUAAAUUAAGUAUGUGUAUGGCAAUCCAUGAAAAUCCAUGAAAUGUUCCUGUGACCUGAAUUCUGUAAAAAGAAAUCAGGUUUGGACCAAAAUUGAGUUGUUCUGCCAUUAAUAGCAUAACAUAUAUCUAAUUUAAGAAAACAAAUAUAUUUCACCAAAAUAAAUGCAUUUUUAAUUUUAGUUUUAUUUCGGAUACUUUCUAACCUUGCCUUGGCUGCCUUCAUGUUUUUGGUAUCAAACCUCUACCACUGGGUCAUCUAGACAUUGUUUUCAGGUUGUCCAUCCAAGAUAACUUUUAGUAUAAGAUCUCAAGAACAAGUGGUUGAACGUUUAUAAGAUUUGCAUGGAACCAUCACUGUAACCAGCAGAUGAGCUGAUUACAUUUUGGAAUUGAUCCAAACCAGCUGAAGGUCAAAUCAAGGUCAAAUGUCUGAAAUAGUUUUUCUUCAAUAGCUUCCUUCCUGUUUGUAGAAUGUUUUAAGGGUGUUUCAGACAUACAAAUUAGUAACAAGAAGGACAAGACUUGUUGGUGAUGGAGGCAUCCCAGUCAAUACCAAUGGCAUCAAGUUCUACUUGUUAAUGUCCUUUUAUUAAGUCAGUUCAACAUUUUAAAUAUAUAGUGUGUAAGUGCUCCGUAUCAAUGUGCUGCCGAAGCGCGCAGCAGGUGUUAGCACGCCUGUCAUUAUAGUGCGGACUUUCCAUAGCAUAGAAAAUCGCUACGUUUCAAUUUGUGUAACUGAACUUGUUUCAUAUCACUGGUCAUAUAAACCUAUGUAAACA